AUGGGUAAUACAGAGAGCAACGUAACAAGUGGAGUCAAGAAACAAGCAGGGACCUCAGAACAGAAGCUUUACAAGCUCAUCGAUCUGAAAGGCUGUGGCCUUCUAGUAGAUAUGAUGAAGCGAGCAGUUCAAAAUAAGCAAUAUACGGAGAUCGAUCACGCAAUCAAAACGAAGGUGGAGCCAUUCCUUUACAACAAGGGCAAGGGACGCUAUAUACCCAUAUCACAUCUUGUACUUGAACGUAAUAAAGAACGUCCGAGACACAGACUGCUGCCACCAUUAAGGGGUAUGGAGAACCCAGACGAAGAAUUUGACGUAGAGAAAGAUUGGCCAGUAGUUACUCAAGAAGAAUAUGAUGCAAAUCCUUCGGGGUAUAGAGAACUUUGUUGGGAUUUAAAGGAACGAGGUGCAGUCGGCGAAACAAUUCUACAUCUCUGCCUGUUGAAUGCAACAUCGCUUUUAGCAGAUCUUGCUAAGAGGUUACUUCGCUUCUACCCAAAAUUAAUUAACGACAUAUACAUGAGCGACGAAUAUUAUGGUGAAAGUGUACUCCAUAUGACAAUAGUAAAUGAGGACCCAACUAUGGUAAAGUUUUUAUUGGAUGCGGGUGCAGACUUUCACGAGCGAUGCUGUGGCAAUUUCAUGUGCCCUGAGGAUCAGAAGGCUUCCCGUACAGAUUCAUUUGAGCACGAAUGGGUUAAUGUACAAAGGGAGACUAAUUAUAUUGGGUACGUCUACUGGGGGGAAUAUCCUCUAAGCUUUGCUGCCUGCUUGGGUCAGGAGGAGUGUUACCGCUUAAUUCUCGCCAGAGGGGCAGACCCCGAUAAACAGGAUACCAAUGGGAACACUGUCUUACAUAUGCUUGUCAUUUAUGAAAAGACGAGUACAUUCGACAUGGCCUACGAGGUGGGGGCGUCUUUGAAUAUUCGCAAUGUGCAGAACUUAACGCCUCUGACGCUGGCAGCGAAAUUGGCGAAGACCAGCAUGUUCUUCCACAUUUUGAACAUCGAAAGAGAAAUCUACUGGCAGAUUGGAGCCACAACAUGUGCCGCGUACCCCUUAGGGCAGGUUGACACCAUUGAUACCGAAACGGGGUUGAUAAGCAAGGACUCUGCACUUAACUUGGUUGUCUUUGGAGAAAAAGACGAGCAUCUGGAAUUAUUAGAAGGAAUGUUAAUCGAUCUCUUAAAAACGAAAUGGAAUACGUUCGUGAAGUUUCGUUUCUAUCGGCAAUUUCUGUUGUUCUUCUGCUACUUUCUAGUAUCACUUGUGUGCUUCACUCUGCGGCCGGGUCCACCCGACCGGGCUCUUAAUGGCACUGCCAUAAAUACCACAGUAGGACCUCUUGACCCUGAACUCGUAGCUGAUGUAGAAAACUGUAGUAUUCCUUUGAAUGGAUCAGAAUUUGAUCCCGGAGCAGUAGAGUUUGUUAAUGGUACUAAAUCCGAUGGACACAGUGCAUGUGGGAGAUUCAAGAGUCACCCUAAAGACAAAGAUAAACCUACCGAACAGUCGAAGGAAACAGAUAUGGAAAACUGGUGGGAAGAUUUAACGGAAGAAUGCAGAUUAAUGAACCUGGAAAGUUGGCAAGCAAAAGUCAGGAUCUCGGCGGAGUUGCUUUUGUGGUUGGGAGCUUUGGCUUAUAUUGGAGCAGCUUUAAGGGAAGCCAGAUUUCUUGGACUGAAGAUGUUUAUUGAGAACCUAAGUACUGUGCCUUCAAGGGUGAUGUUUCUCUUUUCGUGUCUUCUAAUGGUGGUUCUGCCGACAUUUCGUUUUUGGUGCGCAGAUGUAGUGGAAGAUCAUCUCGCUGUCAUCAUUAUGUUAACCACUGCUCCAUAUUUCUUAUUCUUUUGUCGUGGCUUCAAAACUGUUGGUCCGUUCGUAGUGAUGAUCUACCGAAUGGUGAUGGGUGAUCUGCUCCGUUUCGUAUGCAUUUAUUUGGUGUUUGUUAUGGGAUUCUCUCAAGCGUACUAUGUAAUAUUCCUGUCUUUCGACAACCCGAAUACACCAGAAGGCGUAGAUGACUCCAUUUCUAAUCCUAUGCCAUCACCUAUGGAGAGUAUCAUGGCUAUGUUUUUAAUGUCACUUACGUCAUUCUCUGACUACUACGGCGCCCUUGAUCGCACAGACCACGAAGUAGAGGCAAAGUUACUCUUCGUCAUAUACAUGAUAAUAGUAGCAGUUCUGCUAGUUAAUAUGUUGAUUGCUAUGAUGGGAAACACGUAUCAGAAGAUCGCGGAGACUCGAAAUGAAUGGCAAAGACAAUGGGCAAGAAUUGUGCUGGUAGUGGAAAGAGGUGUGCCUCCGGCGCAGCGGUUGAAGCAACUUCUCGCGUAUAGUCAGCCGAUGGCAAAUGGGAAAAGGGCCUUGGUGUUGAGAAUAAAUCAAAAGGAUGAAGAUAAAGAAGAAAUGAAAGAGAUAUUAGAAAUGAAGCGCACACACGAUCGAAUCGUUGCUAAACGAAAGGCUCGAGAGGCUGAAAUGAAAGGGCCAAAGGGAUAUGCGCCGCCGCCGGCCAGGGACUACCCGUUGACGAAGCAGGACAAGACCAAGAAACGAGCUAUGUUCUAA